AUGGAGAUUAUUUUCUAUCAUUACCUUCCAUCUCUCUUUGCUUAUUUGCUUCUCGUUUUUGCUCUUGUUCACGCGCAGGAUGAUCAAUCAGGAUUCAUUAGCAUUGAUUGUGGAUUACCCAAAAGGUUAAGCGGCUAUUCUGAGCCAGAUACAGGCAUAAAAUACAUAUCCGAUGAGGCCUUCGUUUCAGCCGGUGUCAGUGCUAGUCUUCCGCCUGAUUUCGUAACUCGAUAUCAAAAAGAGUUAGAACAUGUGAGAGCCUUCCCUGAAGGAAUCCGGAACUGUUACACCAUAAACGUCACCAGUGGCACUAGAUACUUGAUUCGAGCAACAUUUUAUUAUGGAAAUUAUGAUGGCAAAAAUUAUCUGCCUGAAUUUUUUAUACACAUUGGUGCUAAUGUUUGGGACAGUAUCACUUUUUUUAUAGAUAUACCUCUUACUAAAGAGAUCAUACAUGUUGCUUCAAAUGAACAUUUACGUGUUUGUCUUGCCAGUAAUGGCACUGGGACACCAUUUAUUUCAGCAUUGGAAUUAAGGCCUUUGGCUAAUAACACAUAUGUUACCCAAUCUGGGUCGUUGGAACUCUUAACGCGCAUGGAUCUUGGUUCAAUUACCAAUGUAACAUAUAGGUAUCCAGAUGAUAUUAAGGAUCGCAACUGGAGAUAUUAUGAUGUGAAUAAUUUUGGAGCAAACUGGACUACAUUAAGCACAAGUCUCGCUGUCAACCCUAGCUUAAACUACAAGUUAUCACCUGUGGUCAUGAGUACUGCCAUCACACCAACAAAACCCGAUGAACCACUAAUUUAUGAGUGGUCAACUUACAGUAAUAAAAAGGCCGUUUAUUCAUUUUUGCACUUUGCUGAAGUUGAGAAGCUCAAAGCUAACGAAUAUAGAGCUUUUGAUAUCUACAUGAAUGGAGAACACUACUUUGGGCCUUAUGCCCCUAAAUACCUUGUCAUGGAUACUUUAUACGGUGAUAAAGCUCUCCCUAUACCUUCAAAUAUUUUUGGUAGUUACAAUUUCACCUUGGUCAAAACUGCAAAUUCAACUUUGCCACCGAUCCUAAAUGCUAUUGAGUUGUACACUUCGAUUGAUUUUUCACAGUUAGAAACAAACGAAGAAGAUGUGGAAGCCAUUACUAUGAUAAAGUCAACCUAUGGAGUAAAGAAAAACUGGGGUGGUGAUCCCUGUGGUCCCCAAAAAUACGUGUGGACAGGUGUAAAUUGUAGUUAUGGUUCUGAUCCUCCAAGAAUCAUAUCUUUGAAUUUGUCAUCUAGUUGGUUGAGUGGUGAGAUAACCUCGAAUAUAUCAAAGCUCACUAUGUUGCAAACUUUGGACUUAUUCAACAACGACUUAGUUGGACCAGUGCCUGAAUUUCUAUCACAAAUGCCUAACUUGAGGGUCUUAAACUUGGCAAAGAACAAGUUUACAGGUCCCAUUCCAGCAGGGCUUAUAGCAAAAUCAAAAAGUGGCUCCCUAUCACUAAGCAUCGAUAGUACUGAUAGUGCUGGUAACACUGACGAUUGUACCUCAUCUACAUGCAAACGAAAGAAUAGUAGCAAUAUUAUAAUUCCAGUUGUAGCAUCCAUUAGUGGGUUGGUCUUGUUGCUUUCAGUAGCAGCUGCUAUUCUAUUUUUCAAAUGGAGAAGGAUGCAAGUGGCAUCAGCAAAACCCCAAGCAACAUCAGAGCCAGAGAUCCAAUUUGGUUUAAUUGAGUCCAAAAAACGACAAUUUACAUACUCUGAGGUCCUGAAUUUUACAAACAAUUUUGAAAGAAUUAUUGGAAAAGGUGGAUUUGGAACAGUUUAUCAUGGCUUCAUUGAUAACACUGAAGUUGCAAUCAAAAUGCUUUCUUCUUCAUCUGUUCAGGGCUAUCAACAGUUUCAAGCAGAGGUUAACCUUUUGAUGACAGUUCACCACAGAAACUUGACUAGUCUUACUGGGUAUUGUAUUGAAGGAACCAAAAUGGCAUUGAUCUAUGAGUACAUGUCCAAUGGAGAUUUAGACUUGCUUCUUAUAGACCAGAAAAAUGAAAAUGUAUUGAGUUGGGAAACAAGACUUCAAAUAGCAAUUGAUUCAGCACAAGGAUUGGAAUAUCUCCAUAGUGGUUGCAAGCCACCAAUAGUUCACAGAGAUAUUAAGACCACAAAUAUCUUAUUAACUAACAAUUUCCAAGCAAAACUAGCUGAUUUUGGCCUCUCCAAAAGCUUUCCUACGGAUGGUGGUACUUAUGUGUCUACUGCUAUUGCCGGUACUCCAGGAUACCUUGAUCCUGAAUACUCUAUAACAAACCGGCUAACCGAAAAGAGUGAUGUGUAUAGUUUUGGAGUUGUUCUACUCCAAAUAAUCACAAGCCGAACUGCCAUUCUAUGUAGAGGCAAUGAAAGGACUCACAUAAGCACAUGGGUUAGUUCGAUGCUUGGUAAUGGAGAUGUUAGAAGUAUUAUUGAUCCGCGGUUGGAACAAGAUUUUGAAACUAAUUCUGUAUGGAAAGUUGUUGAAAUAGCUUUAGCUUGUGUGUCCCCGAAAUGCAGUCAUAGGCCAAAUAUGAGCCAGGUAGUGGCUGAGCUAAAAGAGUGUUUGGCAGCAGAGUUUGCUCGAAAAAACCACAGUCGUAUGACUGACUCCACUAAUUCAACAGAAGUGUUCUCCAGUACUACCAGCCUUACCUCUGCAUUUGGUCCCUUAGCAAGGUAGUAGUAUAUAAUACUAUAUAUUUUUGGCAAAACCAUGUAUUUGUAUCUUACUAUAAAUAAGUUUCCUUAUGAUUUUUUUGUCGCAUGAGUUGGAUUAGUUAAUGUGUUAUUUAUUUUUAUGAAAUGGAAUUUAUGUAUUAUUGUGUUUCAUGAA